AAACGGUUGAUAGCCAACCUCCAGCUGAAGAAGAGUUUGUUGAUAGCCAAUCUCCAUCUGAAGAAGAGUUUGUUAAUAGCCCAUCCCCAACUGAAGAAGAAACGGUUGAUAGCCAACCUCCAGCUGAAGAAGAAUUGAUAGCCAAUCUCCAACUGAAAAAGAAGCUGUUGAUAAGCGCAUCUCCAACUGGAGAAGAAUUUGUUGAUAGCCAAUCUCCAACUGAAAAAGAAGCUGUUGAUAGCGCAUCUCCAACUGGAGAAGAAUUUGUUGAUAGCCAAUCUCCAACAGAAAGAAAAGCUGUUGAUAGCCCAUCUCCAACUGAAGAAGAGUUUGUUGAUAGCCCAUCUCCAACUGAAGAAGAAACGGUUGAUAGCCAACCUCCAGCUGAAGAAGAGUUAGUUAAUACCCCAUCCCCAACUGGUGAUGAAUCGGUUGAUACAAAACCUCCAGCUGAAGAAGAAUCGGUUGAUAACAAACCUCCAACUGGAGAAGAAACAGUUGAUAGCCAACGCCCAACCAAAAAGAAGCUCCAAUCUCCAACAGAAAGAAAAGCUGUUGAUAGCGCAUCCCCAACUGAAGAAGAAUCGGUUGAUAGCCAACCUCCAGCUGAAGAAGAAUCGGUUGAUAACAAACCUCCAACUGAAGAAGAAACGGUUGAUAGCCAACCUCCAGCUGAAGAAGAGUUUGUUGAUAGCCAAUCUCCAUCUGAAGAAGAGUUUGUUAAUAGCCCAUCCCCAACUGGUGAAGAAUCGGUUGAUAACAAACCUCCAGCUGAAGAAGAAUCGGUUGAUAACAAACCUCCAACUGGAGAAGAAACAGUUGAUAGCCAAUCUCCAACUAAAAAAGAAGCUGUUGAUAGCCCAUCUCCAUCUGAAGAAGAAUUUGUUGAUAGCCAAUCUCCAUCAGAAGGAAAAUUUGUUGAUAACCAAUCUCCAACUGGAGAAGAAGCUGUUGAUAGCCCAUCUCCAACUGGAGAAGAAUUUGUUGAUAGCCAAUCUCCAACUGAAAAAGAAGCUGUUGAUAGCCCAUCUCCAUCUGAAGAAGAAUUUGUUGAUAACAAACCUCCAACUGGAGAAGAAACGGUUGAUAGCCAACCUCCAGCUGAAGAAGAGUUUGUUGAUAGCCAAUCUCCAUCUGAAGAAGAGUUUGUUAAUAGCCCAUCCCCAACUGAAGAAGAAACGGUUGAUAGCCAACCUCCAGCUGAAGAAGAAUUUGUUGAUAGCCAAUCUCCAACUGAAAAGAAGCUCCAAUCUCCAACUGAAAAAGAAGCUGUUGAUAGCGCAUCUCCAACUGGAGAAGAAUUUGUUGAUAGCCAAUCUCCAACUGAAAAAGAAGCUGUUGAUAGCGCAUCUCCAACUGGAGAAGAAUUUGUUGAUAGCCAAUCUCCAACAGAAAGAAAAGCUGUUGAUAGCCCAUCUCCAACUGAAGAAGAGUUUGUUGAUAGCCCAUCUCCAGCUGAAGAAGAGUUUGUUGAUAGCCAACCUCCAACUGAAGAAGAGUUAGUUAAUACCCCAUCCCCAACUGGUGAUGAAUCGGUUGAUAACAAACCUCCAGCUGAAGAAGAAUCGGUUGAUAACAAACCUCCAACUGGAGAAGAAACAGUUGAUAGCCAAUCUCCAACUAAAAAAGAAGCUGUUGAUAGCCCAUCUCCAUCUGAAGAAGAAUUUGUUGAUAGCCAAUCUCCAACUGAAAAAGAAGCUGUUGAUAGCGCAUCUCCAACUGGAGAAGAAUUUGUUGAUAGCCAAUCUCCAACAGAAAAAAAGCUGUUGAUAGCCCAUCUCCAACUGAAGAAGAGUUUGUUGGAUAGCCCAUCUCCAACUGAAGAAGAAAACGAAUCGGUUGAUAGCCAACCUCCAGCUGAAGAAGAAUCGGUUGAUAACAAACCUCCAACUGAAGAAGAAACGGUUGAUAGCCAACCUCCAGCUGAAGAAGAGUUUGUUGAUAGCCAAUCUCCAUCUGAAGAAGAGUUUGUUAAUAGCCCAUCCCCAACUGGUGAAGAAUCGGUUGAUAGCCAACCUCCAGCUGAAGAAGAAUCGGUUGAUAGCCAAUCUCCAACUGAAAAGAAGCUGUUGAUAGCGCAUCUCCAACUGGAGAAGAAUUUGUUGAUAGCCAAUCUCCAACUGAAAAAGAAGCUGUUGAUAGCGCAUCUCCAACUGGAGAAGAAUUUGUUGAUAGCCAAUCUCCAACAGAAAGAAAAGCUGUUGAUAGCCCAUCUCCAACUGAAGAAGAGUUUGUUGAUAGCCCAUCUCCAACUGAAGAAGAAACGGUUGAUAGCCAACCUCCAGCUGAAGAAGACUGUUGAUAGCCCAUCUCCAUCUGAAGAAGAAUUUGUUGAUAGCCAAUCUCCAACUGAAAAAGAAGCUGUUGAUAGCGCAUCUCCAACUGAGAAGAAUUUGUUGAUAGCCAAUCUCCAACAGAAAGAAAAAGCUGUUGAUAGCGCAUCCCCAACUGAAGAAGAAUCGGUUGAUAGCCAACCUCCAGCUGAAGAAGAAUCGGUUGAUAACAAACCUCCAACUGAAGAAGAAACGGUUGAUAGCCAACCUCCAGCUGAAGAAGAGUUUGUUGAUAGCCAAUCUCCAUCUGAAGAAGAGUUUGUUAAUAGCCCAUCCCCAACUGGUGAAGAAUCGGUUGAUAACAAACCUCCAGCUGAAGAAGAAUCGGUUGAUAACAAACCUCCAACUGGAGAAGAAACAGUUGAUAGCCAAUCUCCAACUAAAAAAGAAGCUGUUGAUAGCCCAUCUCCAUCUGAAGAAGAAUUUGUUGAUAGCCAAUCUCCAUCAGAAGGAAAAUUUGUUGAUAACCAAUCUCCAACUGGAGAAGAAGCUGUUGAUAGCCCAUCUCCAACUGGAGAAGAAUUUGUUGAUAGCCAAUCUCCAACUGAAAAAGAAGCUGUUGAUAGCCCAUCUCCAUCUGAAGAAGAAUUUGUUGAUAACAAACCUCCAACUGGAGAAGAAACGGUUGAUAGCCAACCUCCAGCUGAAGAAGAGUUUGUUGAUAGCCAAUCUCCAUCUGAAGAAGAGUUUGUUAAUAGCCCAUCCCCAACUGAAGAAGAAACGGUUGAUAGCCAACCUCCAGCUGAAGAAGAAUUUGUUGAUAGCCAGCUGAAGAAGAAUUUGUUGAUAGCCAAUCUCCAACUGAAAAGAAGCUGUUGA